GAGGCCUUCCUCACUCACUCCCUUUCACCCCUAGAGUCUCUGGAAAUUGGAACAGUCCCAGAGUAAGUGCCUCAAAGGCUGGCCCUGAGGCUUUCUUUCUGCACAGCCCUAGGAGGGAGAAAGGCCCCCUUCUCUUUUCAGGUGUGUUAGGCAGCUAGGUUGGCCAGUACGUCCUCUGGCCCCUGGCUGAAGAGGGCUAGCGAAACCAUUAAGCCCCUAGGCGACCAUGGCCCUGAGACCUGAGGACCCCAGUAGUGGGUUCCGGCACAGCAAUGUGGUGGCAUUCAUCAACGAGAAGAUGGCCAGACACACAAAAGGCCCCGAGUUCUAUCUCGAGAAUAUAUCCUUAUCCUGGGAGGAGGUGGAAGACAAGCUCAGGACUAUCCUGGAGAACAGCGAGGUGCCCAGCGAGGUUAAAGAGGCUUGCACCUGGGGCAGCCUGGCCUUGGGCAUGCGCUUUGCCCACAGGCAGGCAGAAUUACAAAACCACAGGGUGCAGUGGCUGCAAAACUUAGCCAAACUGCACAGAUCAGCUGCGCUGGUCUUGGCCUCAAACCUGACGGAACUCAAGGAAAAGCAGGAGAUGGAAUGCAAUGAGGCGACCUUCCAGUUGCAGCUGACCCAGACCAGCCUUGUGGAGGUGCAGAGAGAGCGGGACAUGCUGAGAUGGAAGCUCUUCCAUGCCGAGCUGUCAUCUCCCCAGGGUCAGAGCCAGGCUAUUGUGUUUCCAGGCCUGGCCACUGCUGGAGGGGCUUGGACAGAAGGAGCAGAUGAACAGGAAAAAGAGGUGGCUACUGCCGGUGCUGCUAGAGAAGGAGAGGAGAGGUGGAAGGAUGAGAAGGAGUUACAUCUGGACCAGACUGAGACACAACUGGAGGAACCCUGGACAUUGCCCAAGGCCUGUGGGUAUAUAGAGACUGAGAAUCUGUCAUGGCCCUGGGACAUCUCUGCAGCAGCUAAACAUGAUUUUUAGGUUGUCUCCUGUUGGGAAUGGACAGUCAUCAGGAUUGAGGGCCAGAUUCCUAGCCUGCAGUUUUCAGAAAUGUCUUUGGGCUUGUUUAUAUUCCUCUAGAACAGGGUUUUUCAAUCUCAGUACUCUUGACAUUUGGAACUGGGUAAUUCUUUUUUGCAGAGGGGUGUCCAGUACACUGUAAGAUGUUUAGCAGAAUUCCUGGCCUGUACCUACUAGUUGCCAAAAGCACCCAUCCCUUAGCACCAGUUGUGACAACCCAAAAUGUCUUGAGAUACUGCCACAUGUCCACUAGAGGGCAAAAUUGUUCCUGAUUGGAAAAUGAGGUACUUGGGAGCAGUCAAAAUGGGAAGAAUUAGGAGAAAAAGGUCAAUGAGGCUGAGGGGCCCUCUCAGGAGCUGAAAAGUAUCCACUGGGUCUGGCAUUUACUCUGAAUCUUCCAGCAGAUCUAGGAGAGUGGCAGGGGAAGAAGCCAAACUGCAGAAGUGAGGAGUGAGGAUUAUGUGGAAUCAGUGAGGGAGGCUCUUCCUCAAGGACUCUUGGCUGUGAAGGGAAGGGUUGAAGUGGGAUACUCAGUUGAGGGAGGGCUUUUUUUUUCUUUUUUUGAAACAGAGUCUUGCUCUGUCACCCAGGCUGGAGUGCAGUGGUGCAAUCUCA